UCUGCUUCUAUUUCCUGCCAUCUACGGACAUUUUCUCUUGCAUUUCUUGACCGCUUUCUCGACGACACGCAUCAAGACGCGGUGUGCUGUGUAAAUUUUUUAUUUUCUCUCCAACUCUCUGUUUGAUUCGGAGUUAUACUCGGUCAGCGGUCAGACAUAGAGAGAAAGGGAAGGAAGAGAAAAAAAAUUUUCAUUCUGCCCGUGAAAUUAUCUUUAUUUUUCACGAUCGUAUCCAUACGACCUUUCACCUUCACCGCUCUGCACUGACGGGAAGACUUGCAUUGGUUUCCGCGGCGCCCCAGCCUGCUAGGUUUUACACAGAUCCUAGAGAUCAGACAGAUAUCCCCAAGAUCCAGAAAGGACGGCAAGACCCACGGGUUCUCGACUCUGUCGCCAUGGCUGCGUCUACUUCUGUUAAAGUCGUGCUAUUAGACAUUGAGGGGACAGUCUGUCCAAUCUCCUUCGUGAAGGAUGUCUUGUUCCCCUAUUCCUUGAAGGCCCUCCCGAAGACUUUGGAAACCCAGUGGGAUGAUCCAGAGUUUGCGAAAUAUAGGGAUGCGUUUCCACCAGAAUACUCGUCAUCCAAAGAAGCACUAGAGGCCCAUUUCCAGGAUCUUGUGGCGAAGGAUGUGAAAAUAGCCUACCUGAAGAGUCUCCAGGGUUAUCUAUGGCAAGAGGGAUAUGCUUCAGGUGAUUUGAAGGCGCCCCUAUUUCCCGACGUAGCCGCGAAGCUAUCAGGAUGGCAAAGCAAGGGGCUUGAGAUCAUGAUAUAUUCGUCCGGGUCCGUAGCGGCGCAGAAGCUACUCUUCAAGCAUACCGAUGCAUCCCCGUCGGACUUCACGCCGCUGAUCUCGGAUUGGUUUGAUACUGUGAACGCCGGACUCAAAACGGAGGCUAGCAGCUACAAGACUAUCGCUAGUAAACAUCCCGGAUUUUCGCCUGGAGAGUGGCUAUUCUUGAGCGAUAACGUCAAGGAAGUGGAUGCGGCUAUUGAGGCUGGUAUGCAAAGUAUCGUUGUUCAAAGGCCUGGGAAUGCGCCUCUGCCUCCUGAGGUGCCACGACGGUUACGAGUCAUAGAGACAUUCGAUGCUUUCGAUGGCGAUCUCAACAUUCAGGCCAACUAAUUGGUCUAAGGGUAGAUAAGAGGAAUGAGGCCUCAAGCUAUCUUUUGAGCGUGUGACGAGGUCCGCCUUUGACACGAAUGCGUCGAUAACAAUCGAGAACAAGAGGCUAAACA